AUGUUACUCUCCGCGUUCGCCACAACGCUUUGUCUCCUUCCUUUCGCUUCAGCUGGUGUUCACAAACUAAAGCUUACGAAGCUACCACAAGUAUCCCCAGGUCAUGCACUAGAGACUGCCUACCUAGCGGAGAAGUAUGGCGCAGCACCUUACCAACAGCUACCUUUAUUAGGUGCUGGCGGUGCUGGCCGUCACAUUCGUCCACCAACUGGUGAAGAUGACCUCUUUUGGACCCAGGAGGUUAUCAAUGGUGGACACGACGUCCCCCUCACCAACUUCAUGAACGCUCAGUAUUACACUGAGAUCCUCAUCGGCACACCCCCUCAGUCAUUCAAGGUUAUUCUUGACACUGGGUCGAGUAACCUCUGGGUCCCCAGCUCCAAGUGCACAUCCAUUGCGUGCUUCCUUCAUGCUAAAUACGAGUCUAGUUCUUCCUCCACGCACAAGGCCAAUGGAUCUGAGUUCUCCAUCCAGUACGGCACUGGCUCCAUGGAGGGCUACGUCUCCUCAGACGUUCUCGCCAUUGGUGACCUCACCAUUCGUGGUCAGGACUUCGCAGAGGCCACCAAAGAGCCUGGUCUCACUUUUGCCUUUGGCAAGUUCGACGGUAUUCUCGGCCUUGCCUACGAUACCAUCUCUGUUAACCACAUUGUUCCUCCGUUCUACAACAUGAUUAACCAAGGUCUCAUCGACGAGCCUGUCUUUGCUUUCCGCCUUGGUGAAUCAGAAGCAGAUGGUGGUGAGGCCACGUUUGGUGGUGUCGAUCACGCCGCGUACACUGGUAGCAUUGACUAUGUCCCUCUCCGCCGCAAGGCAUACUGGGAAGUUGAGCUUGAGAAGGUCGCAUUUGGAAGCGAUGUACUGGAUCUUGACAUGACAGGCGCUGCUAUCGACACCGGCACCUCCCUCAUCGCCCUUCCCACUGACAUUGCCGAAAUGCUCAAUACGCAAAUUGGCGCUACCAAGUCCUGGAAUGGCCAAUAUCAAGUGGACUGUGCUAAAGUUCCAUCCCUUCCAGAAAUGUCCUUCUAUUUCGGCGGCAAACCCUACCCACUCAAGGGAAGCGACUACGUAUUGGAAGUUCAGGGCACGUGCAUUUCAUCUUUCACCGGUAUGGAUAUCAACCUGCCUGGAGGUUCAUUGUGGAUUAUUGGUGAUGUGUUCCUCCGACGUUACUAUACGGUUUACGACCUUGGCCGGGAUGCUGUUGGGUUCGCCAAGGCUGUAUGA